AUGUUCAUAAGCAGCUACGAGACGUCGAACCUGGCCUGCGGAUUUUCGAACGUCGAGAACCUCGCCAGACUGCAGGACAGCAUUCGGGAGCCAGCGCUGACCAAUGUGCGCAGCCUACUGUUGCUGCCUGAGAAGGUCCCGGCGGCGAUCGAAACUCUACGCAUGCUGUACGGCCGGCCCGAACAGCUGCUCAACACGCUGUUGAUCAAGGUACGGAAGGCCGACUCUCCCAGGUCGGAUCGUCUGGAGUCGUUCAUUUACUUCGGCGUCGUGGUCCAGCAGCUCGUAGACCACCUCGAGGCCACCCACAUGAACGAUCACCUGGUCAACCCACUGUUGAUCCGAGAGCUGGUGGAGAAACUACCCGCUGGGUCGAAACUCGAAUGGAUUCGGUUCAAGAAGCUGAAGAAGCACGUCUCGCUCCGAACUUUCGCUGACUUCCUAUCGGACAUCGUGACCGAUGCAAGCGAGGCCACACUGUUCACCGAACCGCAGCUGCAACAUCAGCCGCAGGCUCGCAGAGACGCCAAACCAAAAACUGGAUCCAGAACGCACGAAAGCUACCUUCACACUCACGCUGCUGCGGAGAAUAGCGGAGACACAAACCAUGCCGGUGUAAACAACAAAAGACCAUGCAGGAUUUGUGAUCGCACCGACCAUCGAGUCCGCAACUGUGAAAAGUUCAAGCAGCUGAAAUUGGAGGAUCGUUUGGACGCAGUCAAGAAGUGGCAACUCUGCAAGCUGUGCCUGAAUGAGCACGGGUCUGCCCGCUGCCGGAUGAACUUCAGGUGCAACGUGGGAAACUGCAAGGAGCGGCACAACGCACUUCUGCACAGCGACGUCCCCGCAACGGUCGUCAACUGCAACGCUCACGAUGUGCGGGCCAGACAGCCGGUGAUCUUCAGGAUGAUUCCGGUCACGCUGUACAACGGCGGCAGAUCGGUCAACAUUAUCGCGUUUCUGGACGAGGGAGCUUCGUACACGUUGGUGGACGAGUCCAUCACGAAGUUGCUGAACGUUCGCGGCGCAGUUCAACCGCUGCGCAUUAUGUGGACCGCUGGAGUUUCAAGGCUGGAGAAACAAUCGGAGAACGUCUGCCUGUCGAUCUCUGCCAGAGGGGUGUCGACUCAGUUCCAGAUCAAGAACGCCCACACCGUGAACGAGCUGAAGCUUCCGGAACAAACCGUGUGCUUCGCCGACGUCGUCAAGGAGUACAAGCAUCUGCACGAUCUCCCGGUGGCAGAUUACCGCGGCGCGCCGAAGAUCUUGAUUGGCUUGAAGGAUCUGCACCUGUACGCGCCUCUCGAGUCUCGUAUCGGCGGCGCUGGAGAACCAAUCGCUGUAAAGUCGAAACUUGGAUGGACGAUCUACGGCCCCCACGAGAACAACGCGCCAGCAGCUGGAUUCGUAGGUCAUCAUGCUAGUCACCAAGUCUCUAACCAAGACCUACAUGAUCUCCUGAAGAACCAGUACCUCCUCGAGGAAACUGGCAUCUCCAUGGCGCUGCUGCCGGAGUCGGACGAGGACAAGCGAGCCAGGUCGAUUCUGGAGUCAACGACAGUGCGCAUCGGGGAUCGAUACGAGACCGGCCUGUUAUGGAAAGCGGACGACACAAGUUUCCCCGACAGCUACGUGAUGGCGCUGAAAAGGUUGAAAUCCCUGGAAAGAAAGCUGCUGAAGAACGACUCGCUGUACGACAACGUGCGGCGCCAAAUCAUCGAGUAUCAACAGAAGGGCUACGCGCACAAGGCCUCCCAGCAAGAACUGGCUGCGUGCGAUCCGCGAAAGGUGUGGUACUUGCCGCUGAACGUGGUGACGCACCCCAAGAAGCCGGAGAAAGUACGCCUCGUGUGGGACGCGGCCGCUACUGUGGCGGGAGUCUCGCUCAACAGCCAACUUGCAACUUGCUCGCCGUGUGCCGCGCAGUUUGUGAAAAACAAGAACGCGGAAGAGUUCUCGAAGCAGUAUCCCGCGGCGGCGAAGGCAAUCGUGGAGAACCAUUAUGUCGACGACUACUACGAUAGCGCGUCGACGGUCGACGAAGCGAUUCAGCGGGCGAAGGAGGUCAGACUCAUCCACUCGAAAGCGGGUUUCGAGAUCCGCAAUUGGGUGGCCAGUUCAAGCGAGGUUGUCAGCGCGCUGGGCGAGAAGGAAGCCGAUCAGAAAGUUCACCUCAGCCAAAACAAGACGACGGGUUACGAACGAGUGCUGGGCAUUGUGUGGAACACGAGCACCGACGAGUUCUUGUUCUCGGCCGAGAUGAGAGAAGAUCUGGAGCGGUACUUGAAAGGAGAGCUGCGGCCCACGAAGCGGGUGGUGUCGAGCUGCGUUAUGAGUCUGUUCGACCCUCAAGGUUUUCUGAUCUCGUUCACGAUCUUCGGGCGGAUUUUGAUCCAGGACUUGUGGCGGGCUGGCUGUGAUUGGGACAAGGCGGUCGACGACGAAGCGUGGGAGAAAUGGAAGCGCUGGGUGAGUCGCCUGCAAGAAGUUGAAGGCGUUCGAAUCCCGCGGUACUACUUCCAGGGCGCGCACGAUCUGAACUACGAGACGUUGGAGCUUCAUGUGUUCUGCGACGCGAGUCAGUGCGCUUACGGUGCUGUCGCCUUCUUCUGGAUUAUGUCGUCGAUGGGCCCAAUCUGCGCGCUCGUGUCCGGGAAGUCAAAGGUGGCACCGCUCAGCAUCCCGCGCUUGGAACUGCAGUCAGAUGUGGUCGGCUCGAGACUCAUGAACUUCGUGCAGGAGAACCACACCCUCAAGAUUGCGGAACGGUUCAUCUGGUCAGACUCUGAAGUUGCUUUGUCGUGGAUCCAUUCUGACCAGCGAAAGUAUAAGCAAUUCGUUGCCUUUCGCGUCGGCGAAAUUCUGACGCUGACCAAGCAGAGCGAGUGGCGGAAGGUGCCAUCAAAGCUGAAUCUGGCAGACAUGCUCACCAAGUGGGACAACAAGCACAGUUUCGGGCCGGACGGGCCAUGGUCACGAGCGCCGGAAUUCAUCGAAGAAGCCAAGAGACUGUGGGCCAUCUCGAAGCAGCAGGUGCAGCUGGACACGCCCGAGGAGAUGCGAGCGAGUGUGCUGUACCACAGCAUCAUUGUCACCGAGCAAAUCAUCGAUCCUCAAAACUUCUCUCGCUGGACGGUGAUGGUAAGAUCCGUGGCGUGCCUGGCUCGAUUUCGCUCCAAUUGUCGCAGAAAAGCAAAGGGUUUGCCGAUCGAAGCACUUCCCCUUUCGAAGGCGAUGAAGGGGCUCGUGAAAAGGACCGUGCCAGCAGUUCCAGUCCCGCUGAAGCGGGAAGAAUACCAGAUGGCGGAAACAUACUUGUGGAGAUGGGCGCAAGCGGACUACUUUCCGGACGAGGUGACGACCCUCCUUAAAAACCUCGAACUCCCCGCGGACAAGAAGCUAUCCCUGGAGAAGAGCAGCGUGCUGUACAAGCUGACCCCGUUCCUGGAUGAGCAGAAAGUGAUGCGAGUUGACGGUCGACUUGAGCGAGCUACCAUGGUUCCGUUUGAAGUUCGCUUUCCCGUCAUCCUGCCCAAAGGUCAUCCCGUGACAACGAAGCUGCUGGAGCACUAUCACCAGAAGAUGGGCCACGCGUACUUCGAGACGGCAAUCAACGAGCUUCGACAGCGUUUCUUCAUCCCGAACCUACGAGCCGAGCUGAAGCGGGUGAUGACGGCGUGCGUGAAGUGCAAGGUGGAGAAAAGCGUACCGGCGAUCCCGAGAAUGGCACCACUUCCAGUCCAGCGUGUGACUCCAAAUCAGCGGGCGUUCAGUUACACCGGGGUCGACUACUUCGGCCCAGUAGCAGUGACGGUCGGGCGGCGUUCCGAAAAGCGUUGGGUCAGCCUCUUCACGUGUUUGACCACGCGUGCCAUCCAUCUAGAAGUCGUGCAUAGCUUGACCACACAGUCGUGCGUCAUGGCUAUCAGACGAUUCGCUUGCCGGAGGGGAAUGCCCAUCGAGUUCUUCAGCGACAACGGUACGAACUUCCAGGGCGCGAGUAAGGAGAUCGUACGCGUUGACGCGGAAUGCAGAGAAGAGUUCACCGACGCCAGAACGAGCUGGAACUUCAACCCACCAUCAGCGCCGCACAUGGGCGGGGCCUGGGAGAGGCUUGUGAGGUCAGUCAAGGAAGCUCUGAAGGCGUUCGACGACGGGAGAAAGCUGACGGACGAAGUGUUGCUGACCAGUUUGGCGGAAGCGGAGGAUCUCAUCAACACACGUCCGCUGACGUACUUGUCAACCGAAGCAGGAUCAACCGAAGCUCUUACGCCCAACCAUUUGUUGCGAGGAGUGACGCCCAACGACGGAGCUCAACGCGCUGAAUCGACCAGUCCAGCCGAAGCUCUCCGAGACUGCUACAAGCGGUCGCAACUCCUUGCUGAUUGCUUUUGGAAACGCUGGAUUGCGGAGUACCUUCCGACCCUGAACCAACGGACGAAGUGGCACGCGGAGGCGGAGCCUAUCGCGUGUGGAGAUGUCGUCUACGUCGUGGAAGGCGCUAAUCGCGGUAACUGGGUCCGGGGCAUCGUGAAGGAGGUCUUCAAGGGUGCCGAUGGACGCAUUCGGCAGGCGUUGGUGAGGACAAGCAGAGGAGAGCUGAAGCGGCCGGUGAGCAAACUGGCGGUGCUAGAAAUUCAGGAGCGUAAAACUGGUGCGAAGGAGGCUCCUCCCACCAGAGUUACGGGGCGGGGCAAUGUUCGCACCGCUGGGCAGUUGAUGAAAAAUACUAUGCCAGCAAGUGUAUCACGCGAGAUGAGAGAGAACGCAGAGAAGAACUCGGACGGCCGGAAAGCCGGACCGCGACGAAAACCCAUGUAA